AUGUUCUCACUGAUGAGGAAUACGAAAUCGUUGCCCAAGAGGAAAAUAAUGACCGCAUGGUUCGCGAAACGUUUCAAAAUAAAGUGCAAACUGGGCAUUUUCAGGUUUGGCCUUCUCCGAAACGUGUUCGGGAUCAUGUGCCUCGCCAAGUGUUCUGGGUGAGCGACCGGUGGAACAGAAUUGUUGGCGCCGACGAAUUGACCUUCCAGUGAUCUGUGAAACCUAAUAAAGUCAAAUUUGUUAAUUUGUCGUCUAUUUCUUCUAUUUCAGUUGAGAAAGUUGAGUUCUAAGUUAACGGAGUCGAAAUUUGUUGUCUGAAAGUUCAGUCAUGUUCCAAUCGGAAAAUAUUGAUUCGAUUCUUCUUUUUCUAUUAUGUUUUACGUCAUUUCGCAUGGAAACCUUGCCAAUGACGUUCAAUUGUCUUGGCUCUUCUGUCUGUCGCUCCGCUCUCCCCCAUGCGACCGAUUUGCUAAACAACGGGCAGUACGACACUCCAUUGACAAGAAAAAGAGAAAAUUUGAACUGUAUCAAUUUAAACCUCAUAUUUCUGGCUUUUCGACAACAAAAAUGGGAAUCUAUUGCAUAAUUUCUAGAAGUAAGUGCUUGUUUGACCCUUUUAUAAUGGUAUACAGCUACAAAUUAUGCUCAAUCGAUACAGAGCAGCUUUUCAGAUCAGUACAGUCUAUCCAUCGAAAAAAAAACAAUUCUACCCUGAUUUGGAGCCAAGUUGGAGCCGACCAGCUGAAAAUAGAAGACUGAUGAUCAGGUCUUUGCGACAACCAGAGAAAUCGAGCGGAACAUUGGCAUGCUACCUGGAAAAGGUUAGUCUUGGUGAAAUUGAUGACAGAAACACUUUACUUACUUUUCAACUCUUUUCAGCAGAGAGAUUGAUGAGUUCUUGACGUUAACAGCACCAAACGCGGAGUUGGCCGAGAAGUGCGAUGACCACGAGCGGGAAGAUCGUAUGAACACCUAG